AUGUCUUUCCGUGUGGAACCGUUGGGUGAGAAUGGAUACAAUCUGGGAGAGGGUCCGCAUUGGGACUCCGAGAGGAAGAAACUAUAUUUCGUGGACGCGUUUGUUGGCGACGUCCUGGCCAUGGAUGUGAGCACCGGCCGCACAGACAAAACCAGUUUCAAAGAUUUGGUUACAAUUGUGAUCCCAUUUGAAGAGAAUAAUGACAUUCUUUUAGUGAGUCUCAGGAAUAAAGUGUUAAAAUGGGACACAAAAGCAAACACUCGGGAAGUGAUUGCAAGGAUUGCACCGGAAUUGGAGGGCAAAGAGAGGUUCAAUGACGGAAAGGUGAUUGCACCGGAAUUGGAGGGCAAAGAGAGGUUCAAUGACGGAAAGGUGGACGCAUUGGGACGGCUAUGGAUCGGCAGUGUAUUGGACGGACCCAAUGGAGCCGUUCCUCAAAAGGGAAGUCUCUAUAAACUGUUUGCCAAUAAUUUCGUGAAAAUGUCGGACAAUAUCACUCUUUCCAAUGGCAUGACUUGGAAUCUAUACAAUACUAAAAUGUAUUUCAAUGAUUCCGGUGAUCAGAAAAUCUAUGUUUUCGACUUUGAUCUCCAAAAUGGAUUAUUACACAACAAAAAAGUUUUCGUUGAUUUUAAAUGCAAUCCUGAUUUCAAGAGCGAUGAAUAUCCGGACGGAAUGACAACUGAUAAAAGUGGGAGACUUUGGGUGUCGUUAUACGGCGGCGGAAGGGUUGUCCAAAUCAAUGAAGAAUCUGGAUCGGUUGAAAACUAUGUGUCAAUACCGGCCCUAUUGACCACUUCUAUAGCAUUCGGUGGCCAAGAGUUGGACCAAAUGUUUGUGACGACAGGCGAUGAUAAGCAGGAUUUGAAUGAAUACCCAAAUGCGGGCAAAAUAUUUCGGGUCACCUCUUCUGACCACACUUUUAGAGGAAACAAAAUUGAGACAAACUUUAGACCUAAUGUUUGA